UAAAGUAUAAUCAAAUUAGGUAUCUGAAAUGAACUGGGUCUUCUUUCAAAAGGUGAAAUAGUUUGAAAUGUGAGUUAAUCGGUUGCACAUUCAUUUGUUCAUGUUCAAAGUUAAAUCCAAGUUAUAAAUUUCAAGUAUUUAUUUAAGCAAAACUGUAUUCUUUGUCAAUAUGAAACUUACAAUUUUGAAGGUAAUUUUUUUAAUAACUGUUCUAUUGACGACAUUUGCAGAAAGUUUUGGAAAUGAACAAAAUAGAAUUUUAGAUGAAAAUCUUAGUGAAGUCAACUUUUAUAAAGAACAUACUUCUAGAAUACAAAGAAGAUCUAUAGUAAGACUAUUUGGAUUGAAGCCGCGUUAUAGGCGGCCAAAUAUAAACAUUUCAUGGAAUUGGGGAAAUUCAAACCAACAACGCUUUAUAACAACAAAUAGUAAUAAUAAUAAUCGCAUUUAUCAUAAAACAUUUUCAACCAUACCAAAUGGUUUACAAAUUCAAAAAAAUAUAUUAAUUUACAAUGGAUUAAAUGGAGUAAAUAAUCAACAUAACUCUCAAAUAUUCACAACAACGACUCCAAAAUAUUUUACUACGAGGACGACUGCUGGAAGUAUUUUUGAAAAGAAACCGUCAAUGGACAUUGAUAAUACAUUUUCAACGAAACCAACAGAGAGUUCUAUUACAAAAACUCGUUAUAGUGCUUCGACGGAAGCAGUGAUGUUUAACAAAGAACCCACAACACAAAAUGUCGGAAAUACAAAAAUAACUCAAGUCGAUCAAACUACAACUUCCACCACUUCAAAACCAAAAACGCCAAUUACCACUAGAACCACAACCGAGUUAAUAGCAUCAAAUAAUUUAAGCACUAAAAGUUCAAAGGGUGGAUUUACGAGCACCUCCAUGCCACAAAAUAACGAGUAUAGUGAAUUAAUUUAUGAUAUUGAUCCAAGAUAUAGGAAAAAAUAGUUAUAGUCUUUAUAAAGGAAUAAAACAUUUUUUAAGUAUUUAGACAAGAUUCUAUUACUUUCUAACAACAAACUUAAUUGAAUACUUCUCAGAUAUCAAACAAUUAGUUACAAACAAAAGACCUGAUUUGCAAACUUGAUCUUUAAAUCUUUUGUUUUAUUUUAAAAGGUUUCCCAUCUCAGUCCGUUUUUGUACACUAAUUAUUUUAAGCUAAUUGAUUUUUAUUUUUAGUACACUUAAAACCACUGAUUUAGCUCAACUUUUUCACCAAAAUCACACCCUUAUUAGAAACACUUUAUGUAAUAUGUAUUUUUUCAAAGUUUUUUUUUAUUAAUUAUAUUGGUUUUGAGUGAAUUUUUAAUGUUAUAAAUAAAUAAAUCAAUGCAUAAUUUAUGAUAAUAUA